ACGUCUUUCGGAAAGCGGUCGAUUGACAGUUCAGUUGUAUAUUAUUGUUGUGCGCGCAAUUGUUUUGUGUUUUAUUUUGGUUUUUGUCGUUAUUCAGUUUGAAAUUAAGGGAUUUAACGGGACAGUAAAAAUGGACCGAGAAGAAAUUCAAACCAAAAUGCAACGUUCUUUGCGUAAGCAAAAGUACAAACUGCUAUUAGAGGAAGGCGCUCAACUCGGGUUGCGAGCAGAGACGGCCGAUCCGGUGGAUACGUUCCAGGCGGUCACAAACAUCUUGGAAGCGUCGAACGCACUACAGAGCGAAGGCCGUAUAAAAGAUCGAGCCGAAAAUGCUACCGAGGUCCUAAUGGACGCCCAGGUACUCAAAAUGAGUCACGAUGUAGUACAUGCCGCUAUGCAGAAGAUGGGCAAUUCCGAGUUCUCUGACGAUGAACUGGUGGCUGUUAUUUUGUCACAGUUUGAUAGAGAACAAGGUAUAGAGAAUUGGGACAAAAUAACACGUGAAGCAGCUUCCGUGUUUUAUAUGACCAAACAUAGCCAGUCGUUAUACGGUGCAUUUGAGCCCGAACCGGCUGUUGUGACAAAAGUAGCCAAGCAGCGAGCUCAGCGUCAAAAGACUGACUUCGGACAAGCUAAGAAACCAGAAACCGUGGAUAAACUACAGAAAAAGGAAAAAAGCGCACAGAAGCUGAAUUUAAUUUUCAAUCAAAUUGUUCAGAUUUAUGAGCAACGCUCGACGCCAAUUCCGUACUAUGAGCUUAUUAUUGAUCCGGCGGAUUUUAUGAACACGGUCGACAACGCUUUUCAGAUAUCGUUUCUCAUCCGGGAUGGUCGUGUUGCGCUACUGAGUGACGAACAGCAUGAGCCAAUCGUAAGGCCUACCACUCAGAAAGAAAAUGAACAGGCUCAGCGGAUGAAUGAAACUACUCAGGCCAUUCUCGGUUUGAAUCCUAAAAAAUGGAGGGAUAUGAUCGAGCGGUUUGGAGUAAAUGAACCGAUGCUGGUGCUGAACCGUGAGGAGCUCAAUGCAACCCAAUCGUGACUUUAGUAGAGAGAUGUCAAUCUAAUGUAAAUUAUACUUGAGUUGUCUGGUGAAUUUUCAACAAUGAAAAUGACUGCCCUAUUUUUUCCGUUGAUUUUUUUAUACGACGUUGAAUUCAUAACUAUUAUUAUUUUUGUUAAUUUAACCCCGGAUUGAAAAAUUCAUAUUCACCAGAAUGUCUAUUUUAUCAGUUAAUAAUAAAUAAUCAGUUAAUUUUUUA